AUGUGUUCACCAUCUCGAUAUCAUUUCUUAGAUCUUCAUUUAGAGCUCAAUAAUUUUAGCUUCGGUAAUAUUAAAAUUAGAAAGUUAUAGAAGUUUUGAGAAUUAUAUAUAUAAUAAAAUUUAUAUUUAUUUUAUAAUCAUUAAUUUAUUUGAUAUAUUAUUUUUAGGUAUUAUAUGUAUAUGUCAAAUAGAUAUAAAAUUAAUUAUUGCAAUUUCUUCAAUUGUUCAUAUAGGAAUUAUAUUAAUAAGAAUAUUAUUAAUAACGAAAUUAAGAUGGAAGAUAUUAUAUAAUAAUUAG